AUGCUUAAAAGGUAUCCAGGCUCUGCUUCAUCGAAAACAACCAUUUGCCAUUGGUAUGCUGAUUUCAAGCGCAGUCGCCCGGAUACAAAUGAUGCCACACUCUCAGGUAGCCCCAAUGAAGCAGUCACUCCGGAAAAUGUGAAACAAGUGUUUAAAAUCGUGACGAAUGACCAUAAAGUGAAAGCUCGUGAGAUUGCCGAGAUGGUAAACUUAUCAACUGGAAGUGCGUGUACGAUUUUACAUGAGAAGUUGGGCAUGAAAAAUGUAUUUUCCCAAAGGGGGCCACGUGUUCUCACAAUUGAACAAAAGCAACAACAAGUCGACGAUUCACAGAGCUGUUUUUCACCGUUUACUAGAAAUAAACAGGAUUUCUUGCAUCGGUACGUGACAAUGGAUGAAACAUGA